UCAGCACAGAUAGCAAGGGAGAAGAUGUGUAGCAGGGGCCUAAGGACGAGUUUUCUGGGCGUGGUGGUCGGAGUUGCGACGGUGGAGAGCAUGACCGUGACAGCCAGGAGCGGCGGUAGCUUCUUGAGGAUGAUGGUGGCGAGGUCGUCGCCUCCGACGUACGCUGUUGCCACCAAGCGCACCAUGUCCAUGUCGGUUGAUGCCGGCGUAGACGCGGCCCGCUACACCAACUUCAUCAAGGACAAGGCAAAGUUCCCGAACCCCCCGAGGCGUUUGCCGACCCUCCUGCGGUUCCUGCAGCACAAGGGGCUCACCCCAGUAGACCCAGCGGACCGCGCGGGGCUGAACCCUUUCCUGGUCCCCCUCGUCAAGGACGAUGGCGGGGUUGUGACGGGACUGCUGCGAUGGCCUACAUCGCCGGAGACGCUAGAGAUGCCGGUUGUGAGAAACGGGGAGACGGGGCUGGAGCUGUUGGCGGACAACGCCGAGCACUUCAUUAGGAGAGUGGUAGCCCAGGAGGACUUCGCGGGGUCGGCCGACAGCGAGGAGCUCAUCCGGUUGGGCAACGAGGGGCUGCCAGAAGCGGAUCCCCUGUACGAGAAGGGUGCGGUGGAAAAGCUUGGCGUAGGAGUGGAGAAGUACCUCGCUCUCCGAGUCGGGGCCUUCGCCGACGUGUACGAGUGGCUCACGGCGUCGCACCUGGAGAAGGGAGACUCCACAGCGGCCUUGGCUUCCGCGGAGAAGGCCAACGAAAUCUUCGUGGGCUGGGGGCGGCCGUACGGCCACUACGCCAGGGUACUUGCCAAGAUGGACAGAAGAGAAAUGGAGGCUAAGGACGCGGCGAAGGUGUCUCUGCGGUGCCCCUGCUGGACCAUUUCCCCCAGCAGCAAGGACUUGGAGGAGGUGGUCAAGAUCGCGGGGUAUGAGGACAUGGCGAGCGUCCGGACGAUGUACGAGGGGAUGGCGGCGGACGAGCAGCCAGACAAGAUCAACGAAGGGAAAUCCCCGAUGCAGGUGGCGCUUGACAGAGCCGCUCAUCUGAUGGACGCGGUGGCCUUCGGACACAAGGACUGGGACGGGGUCCGCGAGGAGCUCGCCGAGAGGUACGAUCAAGGAGGUAUCCCCGACAUCGCGCGGUUUGUCAGAAUGGAAUGAAUGACACAGAACCGGAAUUUGGGUCAGAAUCGAGGGUGAAACUCUGCUGUGUCUUGCCGAGGAAUGGUUGAAAGAGAGGGCGGGGUAAACGUUGGUGUCUGUUACCAGUGAAUGCGUGCAGACCUCUUUUUUGUUCUGUUUUUUUAUGGCACUCUACGAUUUUGUGGCCUCCUUGGCGCUCAUUAGGUGGUAAGCAGCUGAAUAUUGACAACUCUCCGGAUGACUAUUGACUCAGCGGACGCCUACAGGGACGGCAUCUACUUCGUUCAACGACUAUCGGGCAAUGGCAGUGAGGGAUGAGGCGUCUCCACUAUCGGAAAACCGCCUGAAUCCCCCCCUCCCUCAUUGAGGAUACUUGAGAGAGUUAAGCUCCUGGUGGAACUAAUGAUAUUAGUGAUAGACUUGAAUGCUGAGACGGACAAUGUUUUGUUCGAUGAUGCUGCAGACCCGCGGGUGUGUCAAGUGAUCAGCGCAGCAGUAUAGCCAGCGUGGUUGGGGGCGACGAUGAGCGAAGUGGGUUUUGUUCUGGUUUGGUUCUUUCGCCCGAGGACAACUGAU